UUUACUACCUACCUAUCCCCCUCCAACCAACGAAGGAGAAAAGCUACCCUUCUUCUACACACUCCUCUCAAAGAAGUCUUCUUCUUCUUCUUCUUCUUCCUCCUCACUCUCGAUAACAAACCCUUCCUUCUUCCCCGGAAAAUUCAAAACUUCCGGCAAUGAGGCCCGCUGGAAUUCUCGCCGGACUCUUCCUCCUCCUCGCUCUCUACUGCGGAAUCGACCCCUUCAAACACAGCGCAAUCUCCGACUUCCCUGACUUCGAAACCUACAAGGUCGAAAUGCCCGAAUGGUCCGAUGUUCCUGCGAUGAAAGACUCCGAGAAUCUGUUGCAGAAAUCGGAAAUUAAGUUUCUGAAUCAGAUUCAAGGUCCGGAAAGCAUGGCGUUCGAUCCGCAGGGCCGUGGACCCUAUACUGGUGUUGCUGAUGGGAGGAUUUUGUUCUGGAAUGGCGAUAAGUGGAUCGAUUUUGCGUAUACUUCGCCUAAUCGGUCAUCACUAUGUGACCCAAAGCCAUCGCCUUCGAGCUACCUGAAGAACGAGCACAUAUGUGGCAGGCCUUUGGGGCUUCGAUUUGACAAGAAAACAGGUGAUUUGUAUAUUGCGGAUGCAUAUUUUGGGCUGAUGAAGGUUGGGCCUGAGGGUGGACUGGCAACAUCACUAACAAAUGAGGUGGAAGGAAUGCCACUGAGGUUCACUAAUGAUCUGGACAUAGAUGACGAAGGAAAUAUUUAUUUCACGGACAGCAGCACCAAAUACCAAAGGCGGAACUUCAUGCAGUUGGUUUUCUCUGCGGAAGAUAGCGGGAAAGUUCUGAAAUACAAUCCCAAUACCAAGGAAACCACCGUCCUUGUUCGGAAUCUCCAAUUCCCUAAUGGUGUGUCCCUAAGUAAGGAUGGUUCAUUUUUUGUAUUCUGUGAAGGGUCUGUUGGCAGAUUACGUAAGUAUUGGUUGAAAGGCAAGAAAGCAGGGACCUCAGAAGUUAUGGCUGUCCUACCUGGAUUUCCGGACAACGUCCGAACAAACGACAAAGGUGAAUUUUGGGUAGCAGUCCACUGUCGCCGCACCUACUACACUUACCUAUGCGCUUUAUACCCAAAAGUACGGAAAUUCUUGCUAAAACUGCCGAUCCCGGCAAAGAUUCAAUACCACCUCCACACAGGCGGGAAGCUCCACGCCGUAGCUGUGAAGUACAGCCCAGAGGGUGAGCUAAUACAGAUAUUGGAGGACAGUGAAGGCAAGGUUGUUAAAGCAAUUAGCGAAGUGGAAGAGAAGGACGGGAAGCUGUGGAUGGGAAGUGUUUUGAUGCCUUUUGUCGCGGUUUACAAAUUAUAAUGAGGGUACGGAACCUCCUUGUUAUUUGUUUUUUUUUCGAUGGUACUGUUGCUCAUUUUGAUUUUGGAGGUUUCUUCUCCUCUUAUGUGCUUUUCGGCUUAGGUAGUCUCUUUUUAGGGCUGGGAUUUGAAUCUUUUACCUAUAGAUGUUGUAAGUCUUGGUUUAUCCUGAUUAGGGCUGCAAAUGAGCCGAGUUGAGCCGAGCUUUAGUGUGUUUGGGCUUGUUUAUUAAGAUUUUAACGAGCUCGAGCUCGAGCUCGAGCGGAAUAAAAAUUUAACGAACCGAGCUCGAGCCGAGUUGGCUUAGGCUCGACUCGAGCUCGAGCCUGUUCACAAA